CAGAAGUACGCGGACUGUAGUGGAAAAAAUGGAAUAAUCAGUGAUUCUAUUGAUACUGACUGACUGUAAUGUAUAGCAAUACAUUCGCUUAUGAUGGCAUUAGUUAUUGUUGUUAUGGCGUCUGCGAAAUUGGAACACUGUGCAUUUUCGUUCGUUUAAACCGCUUAUACACCGCGAUGGAUUUCUAAAACAUUGGAUAGUCAUAUAACAAAGAAGUACGGUGGGUGAGGAAGCCUUUGGAAACAUGAUUAGUCGGAGUCCGAAGAGCUUUGAGUGUUGACGGUUUGCGUCUGAAUAAUAUGCAAUUUCGUACGUAAAGUUCUGCAAUAACAACCAAAGUACUAGAUAUAGAUACCCUUAAGAAUGGAUACUGGAAUCGCAAAGAAAGCUGUUGUUGUGGUCAACAGCUGUAACACCAUUCAAACGCUCUUAGAUAUCAAUGCAAUGAUAGACAUUCAUGCUAAACAUCUAGAAGGGUUGAGAACCCAGUGCUCUACCAGUGCUGAGUUGAUUCAACAAGAAAUCAGAACCAUAGAGGGUAAACUAGUCAAAUUAUUCAGCAAACAGCUAGUUGCAAAAGCCAAAAUUCCCAUUGAGGGAUUACCAUAUGAAGUCAAAAACAUUCCGUCAAUCAAGCAAUGGCUUCAAGUUGUUGGAAUAUCUCAGCCAUCUGUUGAAACCUUGUGUGCCAAAUUUCAAUCUCUUGAAUCUUUGCAAGAACUCAGUGAUCAUGAAAUUAAAAGGAUCUUCAAUGAGUGUUCUGCAAAAGAAGAUGAAUACAGGCGAUUGAUAAGAGCACUUCAGAGUGUUAAGAGAUAUACUGAAGUUCUGGUACAUAAUGAAAAGGAAGGUAAUAGUGGCCGAACAACACCUGACUUAGCGCUUUACUGGGAUUCCUGGGAUAAUGCUACAAAAAUUUCAAUGCCAAUGUCCUCUAACAUACAGCACAAUGACAGUGUUAUACAAAAUUCAUCCCCCAUUCAAAGUAUAAUAACUGCCCAUGAAACCAUUCCACAAAUGACUUCGGAAAACCGCAGCCCUCCCUCUACUCCAUCUUUAUUAAAAGGAAGAGGAGAUCGUAUGAAAUUCCCUGCAACUCCACCACCUCGCAAGAAAAACCAGGUUAUUGGUGGUACUGCGCCACUAUUGACGGAUUUCCCUCUUACGAAAUCUACCUCCCACGAAUCCCAGCUAGCCAAUAGAAUCGACGGAAAUGAUAUUAUCAGUGGUGCCAGUACUAUGCUUCUGUCCCGCUUUCGUCGUACCAAACCUAACGCUUAUUGGCUGGGACGUAGCAUGGAACACUUGGCGGUAACUGGAAGCAGUUCUCCUGUACCAACUUCGAAUAGCAAUUUGCCUGGAGCCUCGCCGGCUGGUGCCGUGCCAACUUCCUCAACCCCGUCCAAAGGGCGACACCGAUUGGCCACCGAUCCUUGCAGCAUCACAGACGACUCCAAUGAUGACAUACCAAAAUCAACUGUUGCCACACCGAAAUCUCCACGGACUCCCACUGUUGGCGGACCGGCCGUUAUGGCUCAUACCAUAAAUCACCGAUUUACGAUGACUUUCAAGAUGUUGACAGUAUGUGACCUCUGCUUGAAGCAAAUGUUCAUAGGUCUAAAAUGUAAAGAUUGUAAAUAUAAAUGUCAUCGGGAUUGUGCCACCAAAGUACCGCCGUCCUGUAAACUUCCACCUGGCUUAAUAGACUAUGUUCGUCAGCGUAUCAACGAUGGUCCUCAAACGCCGAUCAUGCAGCGAACAACUGGAAUCAGUAAUACGAUUGGUAGUAGUACGACUUCGGUUCCGUCUCCUUCGUUGAACCGACUCACGCCACACGACAAGAAAAAGUCCAGGACACAACCUGCCAUUCAUAUGAAUCAGGGAGGUGGGUCGACGUCCGGCUUUGGUCUACACUCUACACAUUUUGAUUCAAGUUCGACUACAUCUAGCUGUAGCAGUUCAACUCCCUCAAGCCCAGCUUUAGUUCUACCUUCGCACAUUUCCGCAAAUCACACGCCAACUUCGGCAUCACAAAUCACACAAUUCCGCUUUCCUGAUGUUCGCCAAGCUGAUCGAGCACAAAGUGCCGAAACAUUGUUAUCGCCAUUAUCCCACGUUCCAUUGUCGGCAAAGAAUAGUACUUCCGUUAUCAACUCUGUCACCACCCUAAGUCCAGCAUCCGGAAAUCCUUCCGUCGAGAACUCAACAAGUGGACAUACAUCGCAAGAUUCGAAUAAGAUUAUCUCCGUUUCUGGUCUUUCUGGUACUUCGGGAUCAAAUUCGACGAGUACAGAUUCGGAGCGCACCUACAGAGUUGAUUCGCAAGACAGUCAAAUCUCUGACACUGAAACAUCGGGAGAUCGUCAUUGGCCUCGCCAAAAUAGCCUGUCGCUUCGAGAGUGGGACAUACCGUUUCACGAGCUCGAACUUGGAGAUCCUAUUGGUCAGGGUAGGUUUGGUACCGUUCACCGGGGCAUUUGGCAUGGCGAUGUGGCUGUUAGACUCUUGAAUAUGGAUCAGAUAGGAGAUGAGAAAGUUUUAGAAUCUUUCAAACUUGAGGUGGCUACCUUUCGUAAAACUCGGCAUGAGAAUUUAGUUUUAUUUAUGGGUGCAUGCAUGAACUUGCCAACCUUAGCGCUCGUGACGAGCAUGUGUAAAGGCCUGACCUUGUAUACACAUCUUCACUUACGCAAAGACAAAUUCAGCAUGAAUAAAACGGUCAUUAUUGCCCAGCAAAUAUCUCAGGGUAUGGGCUACCUUCAUGCACGAGGAAUCAUCCAUAAGGACUUAAAGUCUAAAAAUAUCUUUUUGGAAAAUGGAAAAGUUAUCAUAACCGAUUUUGGCCUCUUUAGCGUCUCAAAGCUUUGCAAAAUCCAUGGGAGGAGUGAUGCACUUAGUAUUCCACCCGGUUGGCUGUGCUACAUGGCGCCAGAGGUCAUGCGAAGUUUAAAACCCAGUAGUGAAGAAAAUGAUGAGCUUCCUUUUACUAUGGCCUCCGAUGCUUACGCCUUUGGGACGGUUUGGUACGAGUUGCUGUGUGGUGAGUGGCCGUACAAGGAGCAUUGCCCCGAAGCCAUGAUUUGGCAGAUUGGCCGCGGUAUGAAGCAGUCGCUUGCAAAUCUUCAAGCUUCUCGUGAUCUUAAGGACAUUCUCAUGGCAUGUUGGGCCUUUAAUGUCAAGGAUCGGGCGGAAUUCAGCAAGUUACUCAAGAUACUCGAGCGAUUACCCAAAAAACGUUUGCUUCGCAGUCCGUCUCAUCCGGUCCAUCUCUCGAGAUCGGCCGAAUCGGUUUUCUAAUCAAAUUCUUAUCAUUCACUAAUCAGUGAUUACGCUGUUUACGUAUAUUGCUAAUUUAAUCAAGAAAGAUGACUAUUGGAAUAAUUCCCGAAUGAUUCUUGUAAGUAUAUCGGCUAGUUAUUUUGUCGGCCAUAGCCAAAAUGAAUCUGGUUUCAAAAAAAUUUUCCACUAAACUCCGACAUUCAGGCGAAAGAAUCAUUAUUAAGUGAAUCCUUUCGUCUUGUUGCUACUCAUAUUGUGCAUUUUAGUAAAUUAGUUGACAUGUGCCGGUAUGAUAGUUUGUAGGCGCGCCGCUCAUUUAGUCCCCGCAACCUUCCCUCUUGUUUGUGCCUGUCAAUAAAGUGUUUCAGUCAUUUGUAA